AUGGCGACACAAAACCAAGCACCCGUAAUAAUCAUAGGCGGCAGCCUAGUAGGCCUCGCCAGCGCGCUCUUCCUCUCCGCUCGCGACGUCCCCGUCAUCCUAUUCGAGCGCCACACUUCUAGCUCUCCGCAUCCGCGCGCCAUCGGAUACACGUCGCGCACGCUGGAACUCCUGCAGACUGUUGGCAUCUCCCCCAAUCAGCUAAGAGUCGGUUCCGGUCCACCUGGCGGAAAGCCUCGUCGGGUGAAGGUGAAGAGUCUGGCGGGGGAGUGGGCUGAUGAGCAGCUCUGGAAUAAUAAUACCAAGAUGGAGAACGGUGGUCCAAAGGGCGAGAAUGGGUCCAAGAGACCUGGUUCUGGUCCCGCUGGCCCUCCACCGCAGAAAGGUGGUAAAGUCUACGCUCCCAUCAUGGGCACGGCGAUAGCCCAGGACAGGCUUGAACCCAUUCUCCGCAAACGCGCCGUCGAGUUGGGCGCGGAUCUCAGACUCGGGUGGAAGAUGACCUCUUGGAGCCAAUCCACGGACGGCGUACGCAUCACGGCUGUCCACAGAAAAUCAGGGGAGGAAGUUACCGUCAAUGGGUCGUACAUCGUCGCCUGCGACGGCGCGAAGAGCGUCUUUCGCGAGGGUCUGGGGAUCGGGACGACGGGCGUGGGCCAUUUGCGGAGUUUAUGCAGCGUCAUGUUCCGCUGUGCGCCGAUUGAGAGGUUUUUGGAGCGGGGGUUCGUGCAAUUCUCGAUCGAGGGGCGCGAGGACGGGUUCGAGGCGUUUUUGGUGAGUUAUCAUGAUGGGAGGUGGGCGUUGAUGUGGAAUGCCGCCGAGGAGACCGUCACCGGCACGAACGACGGCGACGAUACAAUCAAUGUCAGCAACGGCAACAGCGGCAAGAUGGACGCCCGCGCACAAAAGGACCUCAUCCGCAAAGCCCUCGGUCUCGGCGAGGACGAGAUCCAGGACGGGGAUAUCGAGCUCGUGACGAUUGGGUUCUGGGAGAUGAGCGCGCGGAUCGCGGAGAGGUUUUCGGCGGGGAGGAUAUUUCUUGCGGGGGACGCGGCGCAUACGUUGCCGCCUAACCGGGGCGGGUACGGCGCCAACACGGGGUUCGCGGACGCGCAUAAUUUGGCAUGGAAGAUUGCUGCCGUGCGCGGGGGGUUGGCGGACGAGGGGAUUUUGGGGACGUAUGAUGAGGAGAGAAGGCCUGUUGCGCUGGUUAGGCAUGAUCAGCUCUUUGCGAGGGAUGAUUAUAAGGCGUAUGUCCGGGGUGAGGAUGGGGAGGGAGGGGAAGGGAAAGGGGUUGAGGUGAUUGAUGAUGUUGCUAUGGAGCUGGGGCAGAUUUAUCGGUCAAGGGGGGUGGAGUUGGGAACGGGGGAGGUAUUGCCUGAUGCGUUGAGGCCUGAUGAGUGGAGGGGGCAGCCUGGGACGAGGGCGCCUCACUUGGUGGUGAGGAAGAGGGAUGGGAGGGAGAUUUCGAGUCUGGCGUUGUUUGGGCGUGGGUGGGUUUUGCUCUCGAGGGAUGGGGGAUGGGAGACUGCUGCUGCUGUUGGUGCUGGGUGUGAGUUUGUUCACAUUGGAGAGGAGGUCGUGGAGGUUGAUGAGAGGGUUGGCGAGAGCUUUGAGGAAACGUUUGGGGUUGGGAGGGAGGGAGCUGUGUUGGUGAGGCCUGAUGGGUUUAUUGCUUGGAGGGUCGGUGGAAGGGGGGAUGAUGGUGAUGAGGUGUUUGCGGAUGCUUUUAAGCGGGUUUCAUUUGCGGUGCGGUGA